AAAGUGUUUGCUGUGUUCUCACUUCCCUGAUCUUGUAACACUAAAAGGUAAUGCUAUAAACAAGAAGUUUGAAUAGUGCAGGAGAAAUCAAAAAGAGAUCCCCAGAAUUUCGACAAUGGCUAUCAAGCCCAUCAUUCUAAUUUUCAUCUAUGGACAACUGUGGUGGAACCACACCUCUGGAAAGACAAAGGGACCUGCAAGUGUGUUGCCCUCAACUGCGCUUGUCUUAGUGGGUCUCGAUUCUGAACCCCACAGCUCUUCAUAUCAAGCAAGUAAAUCAAAAGACCCUACCAAAAAUGAACAGCAAAUUUCCUCCCACAAGCCCCAGCUUCCUAUCACAACAGAAGAACCUAAAGGAGCUGAAGUUGCAGAUGAACAUUUAAUAGUUGCUGUGGUCAUUGGGGUCAUCUUGCUGCUCAUGAUUCUCAUUAUUAUUGCCAUCUUCCUUUGGAGGAAACGGAAAAGGGCAAAUUCACCUCUUCCCCACUGGGCAGGCCGCUCCCCAUUUGCAGAUGGAGACAUGCCCGACCAUACUGUAGAUAAAGAACCUGUGCAAGGCAUAAAACGGAUGUCCGUUCUCUCUCUUUUGCCAUGGAAAUUUAACAAGGAUGCACAACUGCUGGAAAAUACAGAAGGACAGCUUUCUGAAUCUAGGCAGAAUGUGAAUGCUCCACAGGGAUGUAGUGCUGCAGGAACAGAGAGUGAGUCAAGCUACACUGCAACAGCAAUCUUGGAUUCUUCAACAAGCACCCAAACCCAACUUUCUGAGGAACCGAACAACUUAACUGACAUUUCACUCCAGCCUGAGAGUCCAAGGCUACUAGAUCCUCCUUCAUCCAGCUGGCCCCAUGGAGUCAAUGUGGAUAUUUGUACCCAUGAACCCUGUCCCUUGGAACAAAAUGUAGAGAUCCAGUGCUCUAUACCGCCAGAUCUGUCCCAACAAAAUGUUGGUGAAGCAGGGCUGCUUCCUCCACCGCCAGAAGACUUUUUGUGUAACUGAUUUUUAUAGAUUUCGGAAGAAAUACGGCUUCCUUAUGAUUUUUUAAAAAAAAUCAUAUACUGAAACAAAAUGGAGAAGAUCCAUUUUGUUUCAUCAUCUCCCACUUCAAAAGAUGCUUUCAGGAAGACCCCCCAGCCAAACAUUCUCCCCUUGCUGCUUCUCCCCAGUCUCUAAUAUUCCAAGGUGGGCUGCAUCUGCACAGAGAGACUUCAGGAACAUCUCCCCCAUGGAUUUAUGCUCCUUAAUUCUUUUCUUUAUUUGGAUAAGACUCAUUCUUUACAGGGAGUCUUUUUGCCUUUAUCACCCUAGAAUCCUUCUAUUUUUGUGUGAACUUUUUCUAAUCAAAAAAACUAUGACUCUCUAUUUAGUGCUUUUAAAUGGUCACCCAGCAACGUAGAGGUUUGACCAUCCAGUUGGUCCCUGCAGUUUGAAGUCUACCCCUUUCGAGAAAUUUCCUCUUUUGAAACUACGGCACAACAAUACUGAACCUUCUGACUUAACAGGCAUUUUGAAUUUCACAAUUCUUUUCCCUUCCCCUAAUUAUAACCGUUAGAUCUUCUGCUGAGUCCUGUGUACCCACAUCGUUGUCAAGAAUUCAUUCUCUCCUAGUUUGCAUUUUGCUUGAAGGCCUAUCUAUAUAUCCUAUCUAAAAAGCUGUUCCUUUUUCUUGAUCAAAAACCACCUGACCACAAAUAGCACUAUGGGCAGUUUCCAAAUUCCUACACAUUUGCCUAUUGUGGUACAUUAACCGUGUUCUAUGCACAUUAGCUGGGAAUGAUAAGAAUACUUAUUAGCUUCACCCUUCGCAUGGGAUGGGCUUGCAGGUUGCAGAAAACUAUGUAUUUGUGCAUUUGCAUUUCUACUCAUACUUAGAGAAGUGUGACAAUCGUUU